UACUGUUUUGACCGUAAGGUCGGACUGUUUUGAUGCAGUUAGCGGAAAUGUUGACAUGAAAAUGUAACGGGAGGUCUGGAUUAUCGAAUUUAUUUCCAUCGAUAGAACAUAUUCCUGUAUAAUAACAGAACGCUUAUAGUCGUUGGCCGGUAAUAGCUAACCAGGGCAGGCAUGUUGCAAAUAACGCAACAGUUUUUUUUCCUUCGACCUUCUCAGAGAAUAUCAAGAAUGCAUCGAGUUAACACUGUGUUUACAUGAACUAGCGGUGUCGAGCUGAACGGGCUUUUUUGUUGUUGUUAUAGGUUAUUUCGUGUACCUCCUAACUAAUGUCUAUCGCUUGAUAGCUGUGCUAUUGCAAAAGCUGGCAUUUCAGGACAGAUCAUUGCUGUCUCCGCCGAAAAAUGUACACUCCAAAUACACUGUCCAUGUUACCGCUGGUCUCCGAGCAAUGACACUGUCCUUAUCCUGCUCCUUUGUCAACAUAACUAGCUGAGCUUCCCCGGUUUAGUUUUCUAUGACACUCAAAACUUAUGCUCGACUAGAUUCGUUGGAAUCGCUGCUCAACGAACUUCCCUGUAUGUUUUAUCUGGGCCUGUUUUUAGUGGACGUUUUGAUCCUUUACUAUGCCUUUCUAAUGGAAUACAUCGUCCUGAAUGUGGGGAUAGUGUUUCUACCGGAAGAUAUGGACCAGGCGCUGGUGGACCUAGGGGUACUAUCUGACCCGGCCUCUGUCCCUUACGACACGGACACAGAACUCGAUGUUUUCGAGAGGUACCUGGAGUGAGCUGAGGCCCAAGGCUAGAGAGGCAGAGAGAAGCGUCGCUGCACCGGGGUGAACUGGACUCCUACCGGCCUGUGGUGAUGAUGAUGGUGAUGAUGAUGAUGAUGAUGGGAGAGACUGAUACUGGGAACUCCAGGAGGAGGAUAUUUGUCUUGGCUUGGAGCAACAUUGGCUGCGGGAUGA